GGCCGCUCUUCGCCCCGUUUCUGCACACCGCAGGGCCUCCCGGUCCCGGCGCUCAGGGUGGGGCGCGGCCACCGGCCGGGCGCUGCGAGAGCCGGUUUCGCCCUCCGCCUGGCAGGUGCGCCCGGGGAAGGGGAAGGCGGGACGCGGGGGAGGGGGUGCCCGCCAUGCCAACCCUGCAGCUUCUCGCCGCCGCCGCCUCCAGCCCGCCGCCCCCGCGGCACCGCGGUCCGCAGCCUCAGUGAGGAGGAAGCAGGGGCGGCGGCGGCGGCGGCAGAGGCGGAGGCGCCGCCCUCUUGGCCCGCGUCCCGACUCGGCGGCCUCCGCAGGACCCAUGGCGGAUUCCUCGCCGGCGCUGGCCCUGCGGGAAGGCAGCCCCCGCGCGCCCCGGCCCUCGACCCUCUCGCCGCCGCCGCCGCACUUGCGCUCGGGCUCCGAGCCCGAGGAGGCCGAGCUGUCGCUGAGCCUGGCCCGCACUAAGACUCGCUCCUACGGCAGCACCGCCAGUGUGCGGGCGCCGCUGUGCGCCGGCGUCAUGGAGCGCCAUGUGGAGCACCGCGUCCGCGCGGGCGACACGCUGCAGGGCAUCGCGCUCAAGUACGGAGUCACGAUGGAACAGAUUAAAAGGGCAAAUAAACUGUUUACCAAUGAUUGCAUAUUUCUGAAGAAAACUUUGAACAUCCCAGUUAUUUCAGAGAAGCCUUUGCUGUUUAAUGGACUUAACUCAGUUGAUUCUCCAGAAAGUGAAACUGUCCAUGGCCUUUUUUCUCCUGAAGAAGGGCUGGUGGCAGUUGUGGAAGACCCGCCUUCUCCCAGUCCUCUGGCAUCUCCUGUUCAGCCAGUGCCGCCCGAGGAAGUGUCAGCCAGAGAUUUCCUGCAGAGACUCGACUUGCAGAUUAAGUUAUCAACACAGGCAGCCAGGAAACUAAAAGAAGAGAGCAGAGAUGAAGACAAUCCCUACGCAACUUCACUCUAUCAUAGUUAGAUGAACAGGGGCCAUAAUCGCACCUGGAUUAAGAGAUAGUUGGAUCAUAAGGAAACCACCAACUGAAGAUUCAAAAGCACCUCUUUUGGAUUCUCUGAGUGUACAUCUUUAAAUCACAAUUAAGUAGUUCCACUGCAGUUGAACUGAAGUGAUUGGUUCCCUCCGGCUUUCUAUAAUUUUAUGUCUGCAUUAUGGCAUGAUAACAAAAGCUCAUCACUUUUGUAGGUGCUGGUAGUUUUUACACUUGCUUUUGUAAAUACUAGUUGACAUAAAGCAUCAAAGACUACUUACAUAGUCAAGCUAAAACAAUGUUUAUCUCUUGAGAAUUCCUAAUUAUGUGAAAAACAUGGUUGCUGUUUGAGUGAUGCGGGCUUGGCUAUGUAUUUAUAAUUAAGUGCUAUAUAUAUAUUUGGAUAUGUAUUACAUAUUAUGUAUUAAUAUAGAGAACCAAAUUUUGUCUGCUAUUUUGUAAAAGUAAGCUACUGAAGUCUGAAAAAAUAAACUAUGUUUUUACA